AUUGCACUGUGCAUACAAUACAACUUGCAUUAAGAGAUAGAUUUGAUAUUACGGAAAUUAGUAACUUAAUAAGUAAAGCAAAAAUAUUAAAUAGUUAUAUCAGUGGUAAAGAUAAAUAUCAUGAAAGCCUUCGUGAAUUACAAGCUGAAUUAAAUCUGCAGCACCAAGUUAAUCCUCUUUUAAAUGAUACAAGAACUCGUUGGAGUUCAACUUAUAAUCUUUUAAAAAAUCUUUUUCUUCUUCAUAAUGAUAUUGUAAGAUUGGCUAAUAACUUAAAACAAAAUGUUAAUAGACAAGAACGACAAGAUGGAACAAAACUUUCUGACCUUCUUCUAUUAACAGAAGAAUAG